AUGCGUUUCUACUUGACCACAUUGAACCUUGUCAAGUACCUCACGGAGGUGUGCCCCAUUCUGUCACCGGACGAGGAAGACAUAACGACUUUAGCAGUAGUCCAGUUUUGGAAGGAUAAUGAAUAUCUAUGCAAGAACUAUAUCCUAAAUGGAUUAGUCGAUGAUUUGUACAAUGUGUACUCCAACAUCCCUUUAGCCAAAGAGCUUUGGGACUCUUUUGAAAAGAAGUACAAAACCGAGGAUGUUGGUAUUAAGAAAUUUGUGGUGGCCAAAUUUCUUGACUUCCAUAUGGUGGAUGACAAGUCUGUCGUCACCCAAAUUGAAGAGUUCCAGAUCAUCGUGCAUGAUAUACUGUCUAAGGGAAUGUUAAUGUGUGAGCCACUCCAAGUGGCGACAGUCAUCGAGAAGCUACCUCCAAGCUGGGUUGAUUUCAAGAAUUACUUGAAACACAAGUGCAAGACGAUGAACAAGGAGGACUUGACAGUCUGUCUGAGGAUUGAGGAGGAUAACCAGAAGAAAUCAAAACUUCUAAGAACUCCUAAGGCCCACCUGGUGGAAACUUCCAAGCCUAAGCAUGGGAAGAGAAAGAGGGAGCACCAAACCAAAGGGAAGCCAAAAGAGCAACCCAACAAGUUCCAGGGUACCUGCUUUGUCUGCGACAAAACUGGACACCGGCCAAAGAUUGCAGAAAGCGUCCUAACAAGGAUAAGGACAAAGCCAAGAGCAAGGGAAAGAUGCAAGCCCACCUAG